GGAAACCUGAGUAAACUGUGGCAUUUAAUCUUUUGUCCCGGGCCAGUCCGGUUAGCUAUAAAAGCCCGAGCAGCCUCCCAGUCUGUCUGCUCUGCUGAUCCGGAGACCCCACCGCCCAACAUGAAGCCUCUCCUCCUUGUGGCGCUGCUCGGACUCCUCGCCAGCGCGUCCGCUGCACCUCAGAAGGUGAAAUGGUGCGUCAUUUCGAACCAAGAGAUGCGUAAAUGUUUGGAUCUCGCAGCAGCAGCUCCUGUUUUCAGCUGUGUGGAAAAAGAAAACGCCCUCGACUGCAUUAUUGCGAUCAAGGCUGGGGAGGCAGAUGCCAUUACUUUGGAUGGUGGAGACAUUUACGUUGCUGGGCUGAACAACUACGACCUCCAUCCCAUCAUUGCUGAGGACUACAGCUCCGCAUCAGAAACCUGCUACUAUGCUGUUGCUGUGGUAAAGAAGGGAACUGGAUUUAACUUCAGAGAUCUUGGAGGGAAGAAAUCAUGCCACACUGGUUUGGGGAAAUCUGCAGGAUGGAACAUUCCCAUAGGAACUCUGGUGUCCAUGAAUAUAAUUAAGUGGGGUGGCAUUGAAGACAAACCUUUGGAGGAAGCUGUAGGUACCUUCUUCCAGGCCAGCUGUGUUCCUGGGGCAACAAGGGGUAGCAAGCUGUGUGAAUUGUGCAAGGGAGACUGCUCCAAGUCCCAGAGGGAGCCUUACUAUGACUACAACGGAGCCUUCCAGUGUCUGGCUGAUGGUGUUGGAGACGUGGCUUUUGUGAAGCAUCUCACUGUGCCUGAAUCUGAAAAGUCCAACUAUGAGCUACUGUGCAAGGACAACACCAGAGCACCUAUUGACAGCUACCAAACCUGUUACCUGGUCAGAGUGCCAGCUCAUGCUGUUGUUACUCGCAAGGAUCCAGAGCUGGCCGAAUUGAUCUCCACGAGCCUUCAAGGAGUUCAGAACUUUAACCUCUUCUCAUCUGAAGCGUACGCACCUGCCAAGAAUCUCAUGUUCACAGAUUCAGCUGUGAAGCUUGUGAGGCUGCCCCCAAGCAUAGAUUCCUUCCUGUAUCUGGGUGCUAACUACAUGAGUAUUAUCUUUUCCCUUAAAAAAGAGCCGACACCAGGCAUUACGUCCUCUGCCAUUAGGUGGUGUGCUGUGGGCCAUGCUGAGACCGCCAAGUGUGACACAUGGAGCAUCAACAGUGUGACUGAUGACACUACCUCCAUUGAAUGCCAGAAUGCCCCUACAGUUGAAGAGUGCCUGAAGAAGAUUAUGCGUAAAGAGGCUGAUGCAAUGGCGGUGGAUGGAGGACAGGUGUUUACGGCUGGAAAGUGUGGUCUGGUUCCUGUUAUGGUGGAGCAGUAUGCUCAAGAUUUAUGCAGCCGCGCUGAUGUCACAGCCUCCUCAUACUUUGCUGUUGCUGUGGUAAAGAAGGGUUCAGGGGUGACCUGGGAGAAUCUGAAGGGCAAGAAGUCUUGCCACACAGGCAUCGGCAGAACUGCUGGUUGGAACAUCCCCAUGGGUCAGAUCUACAAAGUACAAAAUGACUGUGACUUCACUAAGUUCUUCACAAGUGGCUGUGCGCCUGGAGCCGACCCCAGUUCUCCGUUCUGUUCUUUGUGUGUCGGCAGCGGUAAAGCUGUGGGAGAUGAGGCCAAGUGCAAAGCCAGUGCCGAUGAGCAGUACUACGGUUACGCCGGAGCCUUUAGGUGUCUGGUUGAGGGUGGUGGUGAUGUUGCCUUCAUCAAACACACAAUUGUUCAAGAAAACAGUGAUGGUAACGGUCCAGACUGGGCUCGUAGUCUGAGAUCUUCAGAUUACCAGCUCAUCUGCCCUGGGAAGGCCCCAGUGGAGAUCACUGAAUACGCCUCUUGUCACUUGGCUAAUGUGCCAGCACACGCUGUGGUGGCUCGCCCAGAGAGCCACGCAGAGGUGGUCCGCAUCCUCCAGGAGCAGCAGACCAGGUUUGGAGGCCAGGGCACUGAUCCUGCAUUCAGAAUGUUCCAGUCAGAGAACGGAAAGAACCUCCUCUUCAAGGACUCCACUAAGUGUCUGCAGGAGGUACCAGCAGGAAGAAGCUAUGAGGAGUUUUUGGGACCAGAGUACAUGGAUUCUAUGAAGUUACUCAGACAUUGCAGCGGUACUGCUUCAGAUCUGGAAAAGUCUUGCACUUCUCAUUCCUGCCAGCAACCCUAAUGGAGACGUGGACUGCAAAGUGAUUCAGCCACCUUACCUACUUGCUUCCUGCACUCGACUCAAAUAUAAUGUUGUUUCUCCAUUUCUGAUCUUAUUUUGGACCUGUUUAGACCUGUUAACACAUGCCUGACUUUUCUCAAAUAAAGGCAUUUUAAUGCUCUUUCAUGGCAACAGCA